AUGUGGAAUCUUUGUAGGGAAGCUGUGUCCCACUCGCCCGCGAAGCUCGGCUAUAGGGUGGGAAUAGGAGCUGCGGUGGGCGGGGCUACACCCCUGUCUCGUAUCUCAUUGGUGGGAUUUGACACGUUGGGGUGCGUCUCACCGCUUCGGGCAACAAGCGCUCCUCUUUGUUUUAUUGUCCCCAUGGCUUCUCGCCGUUCUUGCGUUUAA